AUGGCUGAUGGCGAAUCCAGGAUGAAUAUCAUGGGACAAGUGUCGAUGCCUAUUAGGAUUCAUGACACAAAAUUUGUUGCAGAUCUGUUGGUGACCAACAUGAACGGAUGUGAUGGCAUAUGGGGAAUAGACUUCAUGUCCAGAUUCCAAUGCGAUUUGAAGAUGACAUCCAAUACCUACACUUUUGAGGGGCAUGAAUAUCCCAUGCAUGGUAGUAAGCACCAACUUCUGCCGCAUUCAGUGAGUCUAACAACCAGCUUAAAGCUACCACCUGGGGCAGAAGUAGCAGUGACAGCCAGGUUGAAUAGUCCGUUUCGUGCUCGUGAAGAGGUGAUGCUGGAACCGAAUAUUCACUUUGUACAGAAAUACAAUGUAUUGCCAGCGAAGUCUGUCACCUACCAGUCUAGAAAACAAUGUGCUACCCCAGUUCAACUUUUUAAUCCCCUAGACCAGGAAAUUAUCAUACCUAAGGGAAUAGUAGUUGGCUAUGCGUUUCCGGCGGAGACACUCAGCAAAAAUGAAACAUCAUCAUGCUGUCUUACUUCACCUUGUCCAGUUCUUGCCACCGAGUCCGCGGAUAGUUCUGCCGUGAGACUGUUGGAAGAACUUGAAGAUGACAUCCCAGAACAUCUGAUGUCUCUCUAUGAAAAGUCGAGUGGAGAUUUGUCAGCCGAACAGAAGCAGAAGUUAGCUUCUCUCCUCAUCCAGUACAAGACAACCUUCGCUGCUUCCUCAACGGAGCUUGGACGAACCAACUUGGUUGCCCACGAGAUUAAUACCGGGGAUGCGAAGCCUUUUAGAUUAUGCUUGAAAAGACAUGGUUGGGCAAAAGAGCGAGAAAUCGACGCUGCAGUUGACGAUGGGUUAAAGCGUGGAAUAAUGGAGGACGCGAACAGUCCUUGGGCCAGUGCUCCGGUGGUGGUGUCCAAAAAGGAUGGCACAAGUAGAUUUUGUAUAGACUUUCGCCAAUUGAACAGCAUUACCAAGGCUGACAGCUUUCCGAUUCCUCGCUUUGACGAUUGUGUCGAUUCACUCCAUGGCAAGAAGUUCUUUUGUACGCUUGAUCUUCAAGCUGGCUAUUGGCAAGUGCCCCUAAAGUCUGAAUCAGACAAAGAGAAGACCGCAUUUUUGACCAAAAAGGGUUUAUUUCAGUUUACUGUGCUACCAUUUGGAUUGUGUAAUGCCCCGGCGACCUUUGAACGCCUCAUGGAGAAUGUCUUACGUGGAUUGCAGUGGGAACGAUGUCUUUUGUACCUUGAUGACGUAUUAAUUUUCGGAGAAACAUUUGAGGAAACCCUGCAUAAUUUGCAGAAAGUGCUAGAACGACUAGAGCAUGCAAAUUUGAAAAUAAAGCCUAGCAAGUGUAUUCUGUUCCAGUCAUCGGUUGAGUAUCUUGGACACCGCAUAUCAGAGAAAGGUCUCCAACCAUUGGGUGAUAAGAUAGCCGCCAUACAAUCGUGGCCUACAUUAGCUGGUGUACCACGUCAGAAACUAAGGACAGAAGUUAGGAAGUUCCUGGGCCUAGUCGGUUAUUACAGGAGGUUCAUUAGGAACAUGAGCACUAUUGCCGCCCCAUUAUACGAACUAACAAAAGCAAAGAGUGAUUUGAUUUGGACUGCAGAUCAUGAAGCUUCAUUUCAGCGCUUGAAAGGUGCAUUGAUAACUGCACCGGUCUUGUCAUUUCCUGACCUAAAGCAGGGUGAUUUCAUAUUGGACACGGACGCAUCCAAUACAGGAGUUGGAGCAGUGCUUAGUCAACGACCGGAGGACAGGGAAACUGUCUUAGGCUAUUUUUCUCGUUUACUAUCUGACUCGGAACGUCAGUAUUGUAUUACUGAGCGGGAAUUUCUUGGUGUCGUUAAAGCGGUGCAGCAUUUUAAACCUUAUCUUUAUGGUCGAAGAUUCCUGAUUAGAACUGACAACUCGGCGGUCAGCCAUAUGCUCACCCUCACCGAUGCCCAACCUCAGAUCCAACGAUGGCAACUUUUCCUGUCACAGUUCGUGUUUGACGUUGUCCACCGACCUGGUCGUAAGCACAUUAACGCAGAUGUCAUGAGUCGUUUACCUUGUCAACAAUGUGGGAGGACGGAUGAAGCACCCUCUAAUGUAUCUAAAUCUUAUCCAAAGGGAAAGCCCAGAAAACUCCAGGCAAAAGAAAACACUGAUAUCCCCCCUUGUCAACAUACCAAAGACACCGAUGAGUCUAUCGAAGAGACGGUUGACUGGCUCAUGAUGGAUUGUGCGGCAGUGACUACCAGAUCUCAGGCAGCAAUACAAAGGGAACAACAGUCAAUUCCAACUGACAAGCCUCCGCCCAUCUCUAUACUUGAAAAUAUUAUAACACUUUCAGAAGUAGCCAACAUUCAAGCAUCCGACCCGGACAUUGCACCCAUUUUACAGCUCAAGAAAAAUGGAUCUGAUUAUCCUGAUUACCGUUACAUCUCUGGAGAGACCCUCAGUGUCAAAGCUUUACGGCAACACUGGAGACACUUGCUUGUGGAGGACGGCAUACUUUUCAGGAGAUUAGAGGUCCAAGGAAAGCCCGCCAGGAAGCAAUUAGUAUUACCGAGAACUGUGAGGUAUCAAGUGUUGGAGAAAUUACAUUCUGAUCCAGCUUCAGGACAUCUUGGCAUGCAAAAGACAUUUGAACGGGUGAAAGCAAGAUUUUAUUGGGUCGGUUGGAGGCGUGAUACCAUGCGCUUUAUUUCCCACUGUGAGCCAUGCAACGUAAUGAAACAUCCACACAAGAAGCGUCGUGUCCCUUUAACCCAACAACUGUUUGGAGAGGCCUUUGAAAGAGUAUCCGUAGACAUAAUCGGCCCUUUGAGACAGACUGUUCGAGGAUUCAGCUGUGUACUUACAAUGGAGGAUAACUUCACGAAAUGGGUGGAGGCAGCUCCUCUUAAGACAAUGGAGACCACAGAAGUCUGCAACGCCAUCAUAAGAGAAUUAAUCUCUCGCUUUGGAUGUAUGUACCUCCUCCAUAGUGACAGAGGACCCCAGUUUGUUUCACACCUCUAUGCUUCUCUUCUUCAAAAACUAGGUGUUAACAAGAGCUUGACCACUCCUUACAAUCCCAAGAGCAAUGGCCGUGUGGAAAAUUUUAAUAAAAUCCUUAAAUCCAUGAUGAAAACGUAUAUUUAUGACCACCGCGAAUCUGUUGGAGACUGGGAUUCGAUGUUGCCUUUAUUUCUCAUGGCCUAUAGAUCCUCUGUAGAUAAUAGCACUGGAGAAACGCCACAUUAUAUGUUGAUGGCGAGGGAAAUGAAAGUUCCACUGGAUCUCCUGUACUCCAAACCAUCCGAGUCUGAGGCCUCUGUGCCAGCUUACAUCAGGCAGUUGGAGGAACGCUUUCACAAAGCCUAUGCUCUUGCUCGCAACCAUCUCAAGUUAGCUCAAAGAGUCCAAAAGAAACAAUUUGAGCCAUCUGAUUUUAUCUAUAAGUCUAUCAAACCGGGUGACUUCGUUUGGUACUUUAAUCCCAGAAAGACAUUUAAAGGGGAUCGUCAUCUACAAUGGCGUGGACCGUACUUGGUGCAAGAGGUAGCUUCGGAUUUCACUGUCACUAUCCAGUUGGAUCGAGAAGGUGGAACAUAUCGCACUCACGCUGACAAACUUCGUUUAGCCCAUGGUGUAACUCUGGACAAUUGGCGACCGACGUGCAAAUAG